AGAGUGGGCGUGUGCGCUGCCGCGGCGUCGCCGUCGCCAUGGUGUCGUACUACAACCCGCUGGCCAUGUACCGCCACCACCAGCAGGCGCAGCCCGCGCCCGCGUCGCCCUCGCCGGCGCCCGCCCCCGCGCUGCAGCACCAGGCCGCCGCCUCCUCGGCCGCCACCGCGGGCUGGUACCCGUACCACCAGCACCAGGCGCAGCACCACCACCACCAGCAGCAGUUCCUGGGCUGCGUGCCCGCGCAGGACGACCAGGCCUGGCAGCACCACCACCACCACCACCACCACCACGCCGUGUUCCAGCCCGCGCCCGACUGGGGGCCGCCGGACUUCGUGGGCGGCGCGGGGGCGGCGGGCGGCGGCGUCGUCGUGGUGGGCGACGCGGAGGCGCAGCUGCCGUCGCCGCCCAUCACCGUCUCCAGCAGCGAGCUGUCCAGCCCCGGUGCCGUGGGCGGCGUGGGCGGCGGCGUGCCCGGCGGCGGCCUGUCGCCCCACCAGCAGCAGCAGCACCAGCAGCGGCCGCUGCCCGUCCGCAGCCCCUACGAGUGGAUGAAGAAGCCCUCCUACCAGAGCCAGCCCAACCCAGGCAAGACGCGGACCAAGGACAAGUACCGGGUGGUGUACAGCGACCACCAGCGCCUGGAGCUGGAGAAGGAGUUCCACUACAGCCGCUACAUCACCAUCCGCCGCAAGGCCGAGCUGGCGGCCAACCUGGGGCUCUCCGAGAGGCAGGUGAAGAUCUGGUUCCAGAACCGGCGCGCCAAGGAGCGCAAGCAGGUGAAGAAGCGCGAGGAGCUGCUGCACAAGGAGAAGAUGGAGGCGGUGCAGCAGCUGCACGCGGCGCAGCAGCAGCCGCCCCCGCAGCCGCCCCCGCAGCAGCCGCCGCCGCCGCAGCAGCAGCAGCCGGUGCAGGUGCAGGUGCAGGUGCCGCCCCCGCACUGCCACGCGCACGCCCACGCGCUGGCGCCCGUCAUGUGACAGCCGCCCCCCUGGGCGGCGCCGGCCACCGCCGCCGCCGACGCGGCUGUCCUGUGACGCGAGGCCGCCGCCCCCAGCGACGAGGACGCGGCAGCUCGGCUCGGCGACAGCGACCACCGCAGCUGGGCACCGCCGCUGCUCUAGUGGAUAGUCGGCCGCCUCUCCCGCUGGGACAGUGUGUGGUCGGCCACGACGCGAGAUCAGCUGACGCGGAGACUACGGUAGACGUGCUGCCGGCCUGCCACCUCACCACAACACCUGUGACCGGGCUCUUCCAGAACACGAGUCACUCUUCUGCUGACAGCGGGAGAGCGUUACGAGUCCGGCUUGUCUCCUUCGUCCAUUAAUUUUGGACCCGUGUGACGGCACCACUACCGGACCGAGGAGCUGCCCGCAUGACCAGUGGAUCGAACAGCCAGAUUCGGCAGCAGACUGGCCAGUGAAUCGGCAGAGCAGCUCGUCCAGCAACCUGUACAGCUUGUGACAACCUGGCAUGACACAAAGUUCUGUGUCACCAUUAGAGGAGAGGAAUCGUAUCACUACUACGAGGCAGUACACGUCUCACCGUGCCCAGAAGAACGCCCAACGCAACUCACCUCCUGCACAGCAAGCCUUGGCCUCAGUAUCAACAGUACAUUCUAGACUGUCGACCAAUAAUAUUAUCAAACAACUGCAGCCUGUAACAGCCACUCGGGCGAAGUGGCAGUCUGAAGGUUUACCGAGAAGGAAGACUGUACAGCAUAACAUUUACAAUUAUUCACCUCACUGGGUCCACAUUUCACACAAAGUUGCCGCUUGGCACGGGGACGGAGAACCGUGUCAUAUGAUGGUAGCAGCUGGCGUAGAGGUGCAAGAACAAAAAAAUAUCUGUGAGAGUAUCACUGUAUGUACAGUACGCCUCUAGUGCAGUGUUGCUGCUCCUGAUUUAAGGAGGGCUCAGGACGCAAGCGAUUCCUUAAGAAGAUUUGCACCCUCCACAGACAGCUGUACAGGGAAGUGUUCUACGAUUGUGAAGUCUGUCACGUUUGGUGCCACGCGAGUAUCUGCCUGACAGACAGCUUCACAAGUGACCCCGCCUCCAGAGCCGCACUGCUUCGACAAUGACGCGGCGCUUCUCGCACGUCCUGGAAUGCGUGGUGUCCUGCAACAGCCGCGGCUCAUGUCCUCGAGUGCGGCCAGCCCAGCAGUCACGCUGCCGUUAUGAAGUGAGAACCUUCAGGCCGGGUUUCGACGCUGUCAGCCUCAGUUGACGGACCUGAGGGUUUCCCACUGUGUGCGGACUAGCCGUAAUGAUUAUGGAUUGCUGCUGAGAAAUAAGAGGCAUAUAGUUGGCCAUUCACCUCUUUCGUGCAGUCUUCUCGACAAAAAAUAGGAGACAUGAAAUAACUCAGCAGUUGAUGAACUUUUGAAUUCUGUCUAUACCUCGCUGGGUACCUUUCGUCCUGCAUUGGAAGCCGCGUCAGAGAACAGCCGUUCCAAAUCCAGUGCAGUCACAAACCAGCGUGUGAAUGGUGCCUCUAGCGUGCCAGGCCAUUCGUGUAAACAGACAAUAGAAGCAUAGGGAAGCUACGAUUCGUCUUCCUGAAGACGGUUUGCGAGCAAUCAGUGUGACGUUUCGAUUAGUCUCCGAGUGCAGUGGAAAGAACAGAGGGACGCCAUGUGACUAGGACUUUUUAGUUACGAGCGUGCUAUUUAGUGAUAUCGAGAAUCAGUGGAUAAGGCAGAAAAACUUGCUGAGAAGGACACUCUUUUUGUGUUUCAUCAUUCAGCUUUCUGACUCUGCAGUAUGCUAUUUAUAAAAGGGAGAAACUGCUUGUAAGACUGGAGUCACUGCACCUCCAUUAUAACACUCAGCAGUACUUGUCUGCUGAGUAAUUACACGUUAUGUAAGUAAUUCGUUCUUCGGAGGCCAGGCUGAGUGCUGUCCGUGGCAUUGGAGGAACGCCACUUUUCGAGGCGCGCUCAGCCUUGUCGCUGAGACGGCGCUGACGCAAAUGCGCGGAGGGAUACUGAAGUAAGCCGGCUUCAAGUGACGCCGUGGUAGAAGGCGAGAUCUGAAGCCGCGACACGUCGGCGAGCACGUACCUCCCUGUACUGACGCAGCUCUGUGGAAGUGAAAAACUGCCCCGACUGUAUUACGACAGAACAUUUCGUUUUAUUCGGUAGACCACGUCGUUCUGAUGUCACCGCGUACUCGUACCUGUGGCGGCGAUAAAGAGAGAAACGUGACACGUGAGGUGCACGGACCACUGAAGCCUCCAAAGUGCUUUAAUGGCUUCUUUCGGAUUUUCUCUGAUUGAUUUCGGUUUAAGAUUCAAUAGACGCCCGUUCCACAGUGCUGACGUUGCAGAGAGUGCUCUCGAAGGUCUGAACAUGAAGCUGUGCUCCGAAACGCACUCUGGCGAAUACACCACGCUAAACUGUAAGACAGUCGACCGAAUUUCCCAUCUAGCUAUGUAGGUGGUGCCUCGAAGCUUGGAAAUGUCGUCAUUGGCGAGAUAAGCUGCUGCUCGAAUAAAAACCUUUUAUUGGCUCCCAAUUCCAAUACAAAAAUUACUAUUAGCUCCAUAAAACAAGGUCGUGCCGAUGUACUUAAUACAGAUAAUUGUAUGUCGAAAAACGUGUAACCUACAGUCGUAUCUACUGACAGAAAAUAAUGUGACACCCAUAGCUAAUAAAAGCUGUAAUGGUCAAAAUAGCACUCGAUUUUCUACCGGUACAUGUGAUCAUAAAGGAACCUCUCAGAUUACAUUUUGUUACUGACGUCAUAGUAUUAACUGUGUAAGCACAUUUACUCGAUCUUUUACAUAGCUGAUGAUGACACUUCGAGCGAAAUAAAAAGAUUUUGCACGAGCAGCAACUUAUCUCGGUAUUGAUUUUUAAUUUCCGUUUAAAUCUACUCAUACUAGAAGCGCUAUGCUACCUCGGAAUGGGUAUCUGGGUCACGUUUAGCACUCAGCCUGCAGCGGCCUGCUCCUAGCAGAACGUAGCCCAGCUCCGACUGCGCGGCAGCUCGGCCCCAGGUCUCACGUCGAAAGCAGAUAGAGGGGACAGAGUAUAUUUUUUUAUAUAAAGCGUGCCGGAGUGUGCUAGUUUCAGUCUCAUUGAUUGGUUUAUCGCUGCUGGGACUUUUGUGUCGAAGGAAGCUAGCAGAAAAUGCUGUUGUUGUUGUUAUUGUUGUUAAACGGUUGUUGUCAUUUCUGCACGCCUGUUGCGACCACACUCGACAGAGGGGACGACUGCAGUUAACAAACGACGGCCGAAUGUUUUGUAGAAUACUGUCUCUAAGCACCACUCGUACUGCAGAACCUCACAUUCAGUUCGACUCCGAAAACAAGGAACCAAUGUUAGCGACGCCAUCUUAGUGAACGUUAAUAGAAUCUAAUUUUGUCUGUUAACAUCCGAUAUGUUUCUAGGCAUUGUUAUCGGCCACACACUUCCAUUUUUGCCAAUCCUGGGUACCGAAUCAGCUUCUUCUAUAGCUACUUGUAUAACCACUGCACAAGGGAGCGUAUGUUUCUUUCAUACAUUGAACACCAAAUAACAUUUUAAUCUCAGAUGUUAGGAAUCUCUUUUCCCCUACACGAACAGUGACCAGAUGUGCAUGAAACAAAAGAACAACGCAUUUUCGCAACUCGAUCAACAAAUCACCGAGAUGCAGACUUCGGCUUCGUUUCUUUAUUUUUAAAAGGAAGCACGGUAUAUAUUAUUAGCAGAUCAGUGUGAGAAGAAAUAUACGAGAAGAUAUACGAACGAUACGAGAAGAAAUUACGGAGUGAGAACACGUCGAACGUUGGGAUUUCUGCGCUGCUGCUAUUGCUGCCGUUUGGACGGCGCACCGCGCUAAAGACUACACUGGAUGCUGUUUUACUCCGUAAUUUCUUUCCACACUUACAGAAAAGUUUCAAUGCUGAUUUCUUCUCAUACGUAUUUGCUAGUCUGGUACGUCUAUACUAUACUUUUGUUUAAAAGAUGAAACGAAGUUAAUGCCUGUGUCUCGGUGAACGACUGCACAAGUUAUGAAAACGCGUUUCGUGCGCUCCUAGUCAGAGUUUGUCUACGUGAAAACGGACUGCAAAUAUUUUUAAAGGAGGUGCAAAAAUCUGGCGCCACGGACCGUACUAAAAAUUUAACGCCGCUGAGGAUCGUUCAAAAAUGGGAAGACGUGGAACGAGCAGGCAUACGUUUAUUGCUUUUAUUUUGACGCAGAUACGGGUCUCAUAAGAAAAUAAAAUUAUAGUGAAAAUUAAAUAAUCUUAUUCACUUUGACGAAUUCUCGGCGAUAAAAUGAAAUGGCAAUCUCACUUGUUUUUGUGAUAUGUGUUCUUUUUUGCGGCCAUGAUAAUCUCUCGGACAUAUGUUAUGUGGGGAAAACGUUUCGAGAACGGAUGUCAAACCGAUUAGAUAGGUAGCUGUACUCUGUAUGGCUGAAAAAGUCAAGCCGUCUAGCCGGGUACCGAAAGCUAGAGUCGGCAUAUCGUGCUAACUUCCCUCGAGUGCCAGUUGGUAGCCUCGCAUGCCUGGCUCGUAACUGGCUAAUCUCUCACACAACACAGCAGCAGACGUCACCAGCCGAGCUCUGUGUACAUUCUGAUAGGCCUAGGACGAGAGAGUACCCGCCAGAAACCCGUAAAAAGCACUAUAAAGUAGCAAUUCUUUAACAUCUUACUUCGUCGGCGUACAAGAUGUAUGAUCAGUUAACAAAAUAAAGAACAGAAAGCCUAACCUCACUCGUUCGGUACCAUAUUCUCUUCCAUUCACGUUAAUGACAAAUAUUUCGGCAUUAACAGUCCCUGUGCGUUGCUUCUGUGUAACAGACGUUUCUACUUGCGAUACCAUGUUCAGUAACAGUAUCUCUAUUAUUUUUAUUUCCGUGUUCCAGUCCUAAGCAUUUCGAUGCAACUCCUCCAUUUUCAAAGACUUCAUUGACGUUUUUUGGCGUUACGUUUUUUUCAGUCUGUUGCCUCGCAGUAAGUGAACGACACAAUUGUUAAGGUUACGAGAAAGCGUCCCAGACGAGAACAAAUGAAACAUUAGUGUCCACAAUCUCUGCCUUACCAGCGCGACAGUAUUUAGCGGAAAUAUAAAUUACCUGCGGAACUAUGUUAAGUGUGCGUUACGAGAACCAGCUCGGUUGGAAGCAGCGAGUGUCGGGCGAGCGACGUUAUCAGCACGUCGCUCUUUGUUUGCCGCGGUCGGUCGCAGCAGGCGCCGCAGAACAAUGCUUAUCGCUUUGUAAAGUAGUCCCGUACACAGCUUUGUACAAACAGACCUCCUCUGACGGAAAAUGUUUAGCACUCGGUGCCUACCUUGUAACAUAUUACUGAAUAAUAUAUAUUCUAGUUACACUUUUAAAGAAAUGAAGCUGUU